AUGACAGACAAGUUUCUAGUGAACCUUACAGAGAAUUCACUCAUGGAGCAGGUGGAUAGUAAUAACAAUGUCAUGAUGGCUGAUACCGUGUCGGAGGAAAUGCGUUGCCAAUACUCGAGCAAACGUUGCGAGAACGAGCGCACUCACAAGAAGAGCGGCGGACUGCACAAGUUUUGCGCCAUGCAUCGCGAGAAGGCCAAUCGCAACCAAAUGCGCUUGGAUCAUCGACGUCGUGUGUUGAAACAGCAACAGAAGGAACAGCAGCGGAAGCAACAGGCACAGCAGAUGCAGCCGAUACAGGCACAGCAGCAAAUGCUACGAUCCCGCUGCCACUCACCCGCCGCGAUGGCAGCAGGACAAAACUUCUACUUCGGCAGCAGGAUGCAGCACAGUCUUGCUGGUGCCAUGUGCAGUCCUGUUAGCACCAAGUUCAUGUCGCCGCCUAAUAUGACCAUUAGUAUGCGUACACCGAUGCAAGUGUAUCCGACAAUGGAGAUGCAGUCGCAGCAACAACCUAUUUCGAAUCUCCCACUGUUUGAUCAGCACGAUCUGGAUAUAUUGGAGGCAAUGCUAUUCAGCAGUGACGAAGAGCAGAACGAUGUCACACCGACAAGUCAUUGCAGCACAGCACAGUUUUUCCAUACGUUGUCGAUUGUUAACGUUUGA